AUGGAUCAUCACAGUAGUGAUGAAGACACGGACGCUGACUUCCAACUCAUUAUCCAGCGGAGCCUGCAGGAUGCCUACAAGCCCAGGACAGCUCACCAUGCACUUGAAGACAAGGGCUGCUGCUUCUCGUCCUUCUUGAGCACUACUUACAAGAAGAUUAUUGAGACAAUAGAGACAGGUAAGGAAGAUGCACUGUCCCACCUAAGCCAGUGCCGUUCUGCUUUUGCUGAGGCCGAUGGGCUGGGCUGGAUUCCUCUGCAUAAGGCUGCUGUGCAAUUAAAUAAAAACAUUUUAGAAAUAACCUUGAAAGCUUCCAAACCUAGUUUAUGGGAUCAAGCUACCUGCCAAGGUGAAACGCCACUAUUUCUGGCUGUCCGCAGUUGCCUCUUGGAAAAUGCCAGUUUUCUUCUCCUCAAUGGCUGCAAUCCAAACGCUAAGAAUUCCGAAGGCAGUUCUCCUCUACUUACAGCUGUUCUGCGAGACUCACAAGACUCCUACGAUAUGGCUGCCUUGCUGAUCAGCCACGGAGCAGAUGUCAACCUACGAUGUGCCAACAACAGAACAGCACUCCACGAGGCGGCCAAGCUAGGCAGACAGGACCUGGUGAAGUUGAUGCUGGUUUCUGGGGCGUUCACUGAUCCACGGAGCACCUACGGCUUUACACCUCUUGCUCUUGCUGCCCAAGGUGGACACACGGAAAUCAUGGAGCUAUUACUGCAGAAAGGUGCUAACGUUCACAGUCAGGCCUCAGACUCUUCUUCCGUUUUACUGGAAGCAGCCAGAGGAGGAAACCCAGAUUCCGUGACUCUCUUGCUAGAGUAUGGAGCGGAUGCCAACGUCCCCAAGAAUUCAGGCCACCUGCCCAUUCAUGUGGCGGCUGACAGAGGCCACUUACUGGCACUCAAGAUGUUAGUCCCAGUUACGGACCUCGCAGCCAUCAAGAGGAGUGGCAUCAGCCCACUUCACUGUGCAGCGGCAGGGGCUCACCCUCAGUGCCUGGGACUUCUCAUCGAGGCUGGCUUCGAUGUGAACUUCAUGCUAGAUCAGAGAGUUCGGAAGCACUAUGACGACCACAGGAAGUCAGCUCUGUAUUUUGCUGUAUCAAAUGGUGACCUCUCCUCAGUUAAGCUGCUUCUGAGCGCAGGGGCUCUCCCCAACCAGGACCCGGUUAACUGCCUGCAGGUAGCCCUCCGGUUGGGCAACUAUGAGCUGGUCAGUCUGCUGCUGAGACACGGGGCCAACGUCAAUUACUUCUGCAGAGUCAACCCUCUGCACUUCCCGUCAGCACUGCAGUACACCCUGAAAGACGAAGUCAUGCUCAGGAUGCUGCUGAAUUACGGCUAUGACACCGAGCGGUGUUUUGAUUGUCCUCACGGAAGCAAAGUUCACACCAACCAUGCUUUUGAAGGCUGGACGCCUACAGUCAUAAAAGAUACGAUGUUCUGUGAAGUAAUAACACUGUCAUGGCUCCAGCAUCUCUCUGGAAAGGUUGUUCGUGUGAUGCUUGACUAUGUUGACCAAGUUCAAAUCUGUUCCAAGUUGAAAGCUGUGCUCCAAAAACAGAGGCUGUGGUCAGAAAUACAUCUUAUUCUGACAAACCCUCGCUCGCUACAACAUCUGUGCCGCCUAAAGAUCCGGAAAUGCAUGGGACGCCUACACUUGCGCUGCCCAGUCUUCAUGUCAUUUCUCCCACUACCCAAUUGCCUCAAAGCAUAUGUCCUUUACAAAGAAUAUGACCUUUAUGGACAAGGAAACUUCACAGGAACUUGGUGA